GGAAGUUGUUGGUGACGCUGACCCGGAAGCGCUCUCGGCCGCAGCGCGGCGCGUGCACCUCGCCAUGGUCUUCCUUACGACCCGGCUCUGGCUGCGGAACCGCGUCACCGACCGCUACUUUCGGAUCCAGGAGGUGCUGAAGCAUGCGCGGCACUUCCGGGGGAGGAAGAACCGCUGCUACCGGCUGGCCGUCAGGGCGGUCACCAGGGCCUUCGUGAAGUGCACCCGCGCCCGCAAGCUGAGGAAGCGGAGCCUGCGGACCCUUUGGAUUAAUCGCAUCACAGCUGCCUCCCAGGAACACGGUCUGAAGUACUCGUCGUUUAUUACCAAUUUAAUCAAGUGCCAGGUGGAGCUCAACAGGAAAGUACUCGCGGACCUGGCCAUCUACGAACCAAAGACUUUUAAAUCUUUGGCUGCUUUGGCCCAACGGAGGCGACAGGAAGGAUUUGCAGCUGCCUUGGGGGACGGAAAGGAGCCUGAAGGCGUGUUUUCCAGGGUGGUGCAGUAUCACUGAAGGUUGCUGUGCUGUGGAUCAGGAAGGUGCUUCUUCCUGAUGAUCAUAAUGACCAAGAUAGGAGCAGUGUGCUAUCUACUCAACAGCUCAUUAACCUGAAUUGUGACUUUAUUUACACUUCAGUAUCAGGCCCAAGAGAAAAGGCUCUGUCCUCUCCAGUGGACACAGUGUCAGAACUGUCUUACAUUGACUGUGCAUAUAAAGCUUUUGCAGUGUUUGA